AUGUAUCCUUUGUGCAUAACAACUAUUGAAAAAGUACUUGUAUCCGGAAGUAGUUUAAUUCAAGGCGACAUUGUGCAAAUAGACAAAUCAGUUCAAAGGUAUGAUUCUGAUACAGAUGAUACACUUGCACUAGAUUUUGUCAACUCAGGACAAGCAAUUGGGGUGUUCGAACUGGACAAGGAUUUGAUAAUUUCAAAAACUAAUCAAAGGGAGGUUAUAGCUAGACAAGUAUAUAAGGAUAAAGCAACAUUGAACGAGGUGAUGGAGCAUUAUGCUAUAUCUCAAAGGUUUCAAUUCCGAGUUGAUAGGUCUAAUUCUGUCAGACCCAUUGUGGUUAUGGAUGGAAGUCACCUAAAAUCUUACUAUACCGGGACAUUCGUCUCGGCCAACACGUUGGAUGGUGCAGGUCAUAUAUUGCCACUAGCAUAUGGUGUUAUUGAUUCAGAGAACGAUGCUAUUUGGACGUGGUUCUUUGAGCAAUUCAAGAUAGCAUACGGUGGCAGGGAAAACAUGUGCAUCGUUUCAGAUAGAAAUGAGAGUAUCAUUAAAUAUGUAUCGAGAGUGUAUCCAGAUGUACCGCAUUUUGCCUGUAUAUGGCAUCUAUGGAACAACAUAUAUAAGAAAUUCAAAAAGAGCCAUGCAAAGUUGAGCGAGAUAUACUUCUCGAUGGCAAAAGCAUACACACAAGCUGAAUUUGACAGUCUGAUGGAGAAGGUGGAGACGGUAGAUAUUAGGGUGAAAGAAUACUUGGAGUUAGCUGGAUACGAACAUUGGGCUAGGUUUUAUGCACAUGUUAACAGGGGAUGGACCAUGACGUCAAAUAUUGUUGAGUCAAUCAGUGCCACACUACUGUCAGCGAGGGAAUUGUCAAUAUACGACUUCCUCGAAGAAGUUAGGAAGAUGUUUGGACGUUGGAAUUGCACUAACCGCAAAGAAGCUACACAAACUUACACAAUGCUUGGAAAAAAAUACCAGGAGAUGCUGACUUUGAAUGAGGCAAUGUCUACACGCAUGACUUUACAUACGGUUACUGAUGGAGGGAGGAAUUACACCGUCUGCCUGUUAGAGAGAAAAUGCGUUUGUGGGAGAUUCCAAGCUGAUGAGUUACCAUGCCCACAUGCUUGGGCUGUAUUGAAGAGCAAAUUUCUAAUGCCAGAAGAUUAUUGCUCUAACUAUUACAAACCAAAUUCUGUUGUAAUGACAUACGAUGUGCUUGUGUACCCACUACCGGACAGAAAUGAAUGGAAUAUACCAGCACAUGUUGCAGAGGAAGUUGUAUUACCACCCAAAUGGAAAAGACCUCCUGGAAGGCCAAAGAAGAAGCGCGAUAAACCUUUCAGUGAAUUGCUGCAGCCGAAAAAUCAACAUUCAUGUAGCAUAUGUAGGUAG